UAGAAAAGCAGCUCUACGGUUUUCUAUAAGUACAUAGCAUUACCACUUCAUUUGGCACAUUACCACAAAUCUCUUCGACUACCCUCCAUUCAUUUAUUUCUUUUCAGUUUUCUCACAAUGUGAAACAUCAAAAUGUCUCCACAAACACCAAUUAUCUCAUUUCUCAUCAUCCUCACCUCAUUACUCUUAUGUAACGGUUAUUACAUAGAGGAACCACUUCAUGAAACAAAAUAUGAACAAUUUGGUCACUACUACAACCCUGUGCAUGAGGAGAGGUUGAUCAAAGAAAAGCAUGAACAUUUUGGUCAUGUAACAAGGGCCAAUAAUAGAGCUACCCCUCUUUUUUCAAGGCCUGGUGGAACAGUUAGUGUUGAUGAUUUUGGAGCCAAAGCAGAUGGAAGAGAUGAUACCCAGGCAUUUAAGAAGGCAUGGAAUGAAGCAUGUUCUACUGGGGCUGUCCUUGUGGUACCUGAAAAAAGGGUCUAUCAUCUUAAGCCAAUCACUUUUUCAGGCCCAUACCAACCAAACACUGCCUUUAUGCUCCAUGGGACAAUGGAGGCAUGGACUCAAAUGUCUGCAUAUGAAGGAGAUAGACAACACUGGAUAGUGUUUGACAGUGUCACAAAUUUCAAAGUUGAUGGUGGUGGCACUUUCAAUGGAAAUGGGAAAAACUGGUGGCAAAAAUCCUGCAAAACCAAUAACAACCUUCCAUGCAAUAAUGAACCAAGACCAACGGCUGUGACUUUCUAUCAUUGCAACAACUUGAGAGUGAAGAAUGUGAGGUUCAAAGAUGCACAACAAAUGCAUGUAACCUUUCAGGAAUGCUUCGAUGUUGAUGUUUCCAAUCUUGUCAUCAAAGCACCAGGGGAUAGCCCUAACACUGAUGGAAUCCAUGUCGCAAAAACACAAAAUAUUGUCAUAAGAAACAGUGUAAUUGGGACAGGUGAUGAUUGUAUUUCAAUAGUCAGUGGGUCAAGAAAUGUUAGAGCCACAGAUAUCACAUGUGGACCUGGACAUGGAAUCAGCAUUGGAAGCUUAGGAGCUGAUAACUCAGAAGCUGAAGUUUCCAAUGUGAUGGUGAAUGGAGCCACCCUAAGAGGAACAACUAAUGGGGUGAGAAUAAAGACUUGGCAGGGAGGUUCUGGCUAUGCAAAAAACAUCAAAUUCUUGAACAUAAAAAUGCAAAAUGUAACAAAUCCCAUAAUCAUAGAUCAGAACUACUGUGAUCAAGCAGAGCCAUGCCAAGAGCAGGACUCAUCAGUGAAAUUAAGCAAUGUGUUGUAUCAAAACAUCAUAGGAACAAGUGCUUCAGAAGUGGCUAUCAAAUUUGACUGCAGCAGAACUGUUCCUUGCAGAGGAAUCUACCUGCAGGACGUGAUUUUGGAACCAGAAGGAAGGGGUGACACCACUGCUUCUUGUGAGAAUGUUAGAUAUGUGAAUAGAGGAAAGUUUUUUCCUCGAUGCUCUCCUUGAAGAAAUUAAGAAAAGGAAGAGUUUAAGUUACUACCCUUAAAAAAAGGUUACAACAAAAGGUGGCUGUUAGGGUGCAAUUGAGGACUGGGUCUUGCACACCUUAGACAACACCACAACAAAAUAUAAGUUACUUAGAAUUUUCCAUAAAGAUAUGUUUCAUUUUCAACAAAUAAAAAAGCUAUGUUCUUAGUCUUUUGCACACUUGAAGAUUAUUCUAUUUAUAGGUCGGUAACUGAGAAAUAGUUGAGCAGACUUUUGUGGAUGCUGCCAUUCCUAACGACAGUUUUGCAAUGAAUGAAGGCAAAAUGGGUGAACCAACCGGUCCGGGUCGAACCGGCGAAGUCCGGUUCACUUAAAAGGGGAAAAACUGUUUGGCUUAGGACCCGUAUCUGGGCGGGUCGGGCACGCGGGUCUUCUGUAGAUCUGGGUUGGGGAGCGCCGGAAAGAAGAGGAUUAGCGCCGGAGAGGGAGCGUCGUGAAGGAGGAAGGCAAGGCGGCGUCAGCGGAGCGCUAGCGGGACGGUAGGAAGGCAGCUUGGUGCGCAGGGGCGCGUGGUGAGUCGCGGGCAGGGAGGCUCACGCGAGGUAGCAACGAUGCUGGCGGCGAGUGGGUUCUGCAACAGAUGUUAGAUUUAUUUAUAAUUAACUCUCUUUUUUGUUAUGUGGAUUAACAUUAUCAAUUAAUUAGAAUAUAUUUUGUUUGGUCAUUAAUAUCAAUUAUGUGAAUUAUUAAUUUAAUUCAAUUACAUGUAUUAUGAUGGAUCGUA